GGAGGAGGAGGCUGCGAGGCUGGAGCCAUGGAGCUCGGGAGAGAAGAGCGAGAGACGCCGCGUGGCGGACACAGCCAGGUCCUUUGACUGCGAGCCCUUCACAGUUCUUGCGAUGAGCGCACUUCUGGCGGCGGCGGCGGCGGCGGCGCCACUCGACACACCCCGACAGGCGAGCGCCGUGAGCUAACGUCGGCCGCGCUACCGCCGCUGCAGAUGUGUGCCGCUCAGGCGGCCGAGGCGGCAGCGGCGGCGUGGGCAGGCGCCGCGACCGUCUUCCCCGAGGUGGUGCAGCUGAACGUGGGUGGCACGCACUUCGCCACGCUGCUGUCGACGCUGCGCAGCUGCGAGGGCUCCAUGCUGGCCGCCAUGUUCAGCGGGCGCCACCGCCUGCCCCGAGACCACGUGGGACGCUUCUUCAUUGACCGCGACCCCGCAUACUUUGGUGACAUCCUCAACUUCCUGCGCAGCGGCGAGGUCCCAUGCCACGAGCGCGCACGCGGCGUGCACCGCGAGGCCCACUACUUCGGCCUGCAGCCUCUACUCGCCUGCCUCGAGACGCUGCAGCCCCUGGCAGGCGAGCGUGUGCGCCAGGCCUUCCUUGAUCUUCUACCAUACUACAACGAGAACCUGGAGCGCAUGAUCACGGUGUCGCGCGAGCGCGCCGCCCAGCGCAGGGCGCGCUUCGCCAAGCUGCGCGUCUGCGUCUACAAGGAGGAGCUGCCGGCCACGCCGUACGAACGACCCCUCUUUGGGGGGCGGCUGGCGCUCGAAAGGCCCCCGAUGGCUCUCAACCUCGAGGGCGCGGCGAUGGCACAGGGUCCCGGGGCCGGGGCGGACGUCGGCUCGGCCGGCCGCGCCGCCUUCCGCCACUCGUGCGACGUGGACGUGACGUUUGGGCCGUGGCAGGCCGUGGCGGACGUGUACGACCUCCUGCACUGCGUGGUGAGCGACCUGGCGGCUCGCGGCAUCUCCGCCGAGCACCAGUGCAUCGGUGUGUGCGACAAGCACCUGGUGAGCCACUACUACUGCAAGAGGCCCGUCUACGAGUUCAAGAUCCUGUGGUGGUGACCCUCGGUAGGGGGCGGCAAGGGGUGGGGGGACCCGCCUGCGCGUCCUCUCUCCGGCUGUGGCGUGAGCCCCGUGCCGGCGUGUGUGACGCCGGUCCUCGGUGGGUGUCGCGGGUGGAUGCCGCUUUACCCUGCGUUGUGAAGAGUCGAUGCCAAACGAUCUGAUCUUUCAAGCAGGGAGAAAUAUUGUGCCCUUUAUUUUUGUUCGCGUAUUGUAAUUAUAUAUUGAAUGAUGUCUCUGUUUACCCAGAAAAGCCUCACUCAGUCUCAAUGAGGGUCCUGCUUUUGGAAUGUUAGACCGAUGCCUUUUACUAAGUGUACAUAGAGUAAUUUUGCACGAGGGAGAGAACCCACGCACGUAACAAUGGGAUGACGUGCACACGGAUAAACCUGUACGAAAUCUACUCGCUGUACUGCCUCAUAUGGGUAUAACCCUAUUCCCCUGUAGGUGGGUGUCUCACACAGCCUUCAUCUCUGUGCGAUCCACCGAUGCGGCUAGAUGCAUGCAG